AUGGCGGUGGGAGCGGCCAGAUUGAGGCUGCCGGUCGGUCUAUACGCUGGCGACGCUGCGUCGCCGCCUGCUCCUCCUUGCUGCGGGAGACGGUGGCGUCCUCCUCUGUCAUUCGGCCAUUCCUGCCCUAGGAAGAGGCUCCUUCCUCUCCCUCUGUCGUGCUCUGCGGCGGUGGGGGCGCCGGAGAGGGAGGGCGAGCUAGCCUUCACCGAUCUCGAGGUCCGACUCAUCGAGGGGCUUCUUGGCGUCCAGGGACGGGGCCGUUCUGCAACCUCCCAGCAGCUCAAGGCACUCUCCUCUCUCUCUCUCUCUCUCUCUCUCUCUCUCUCCCUUCCUCUCUCUCACCCGCUCUUCUGCCCUCGUCGCUCGAGGUGCAUGACCAGUCUGGUGGCUCCCGCCUUCACAGGAAGUUGACCAAGCUGUGAAGGACCUGGAACAUGUCAAAGGCGUGCCAGAACCUGUGAGCCAUUUUCUUCCUGCUCCUUUUCACUUCUAACAGUGGUAUCGUUGACUUCUCCCGUUUGGGCAAUGAACUGUUGACUUGUGGCAUCCACAGCCGCAAUGUUUGCUGAUCCACUCUCCAAGCCACACAUUUGUUGGGCACUUGACCUCCACCAUUCCCUCCCAGAUUCACUCCUUCAUUCCCUCCACGGGGGUAUUGAGACAUACAAAAGUUGAGGGGUUUUGGCACAUUCUAAGCGCAGUAGGCUCAUCAGAAAUCUAAUAAACUGAAUUAAUCAGAGCCUGUUUGUGUUCUGUACACCAAAUCAUCUGUGCAUGUACGAAGAACAUCCAUGGUUUUUCUCUAUCAGAUUUAACCUUAUUUGUUUUGGUAUUCCUUGCCGCUGCCGUGUUUAAGAUAUUGAUCGAGAGUUAUCAGUAAGAACUCUACCCCACAAGUCUUGAAAUUCUGUGCAAAUGUGUGAUCAUUAUGCUGCCAUUGCUGGUUGUAGACGAGCUCCAGCUUGAUCGAGGGCCGUUGGCAACUUAUAUUCACUACUAGGCCUGGAACGGCAUCCCCUAUUCAAGUAAGGUUCUUGCUUGAACUCACUACCAUCUCCCAUUGAUCCAUGAAUAACUCUCUCUCUCUCUCUCUCUCUCUCUCUCUCUCAUGUUUUGUUGUGAUUUUUUUGCACCAUUUGACACAUAGACAGGGAAGAUGUCUUGAUAGAACUCAUGGCAAAAGAGGAGAUAAUCUUCCUUUUUUGUCUGAAAAAAGUAUAUCUACGUAGGGUAAAUAUCCACAUAAAGGAGGAUUCACCCUCGGUCAAACCCUCAUCCUGGGUCUCUCCGAGCUGGGUGGCAUGCUUGAAUCAGGUGGAGAAACACUGGAAGCAGUUCAAAAAGGAUCGUCGAAGAUGGAUUCGUAGCUGAUAGAUGAUGAGAUAGACAUCUCUAAUAAUCUUUAGAACUAGUAAGAUAAUUUGAUGUCUGAAGGUGGAGCAAACUUAAUAAAAUAUGAAUUACCGGAGGGAGCGCAAUCUGUAUAAAAUACUAGAAUGAUCAGAAGCAUGGUGUUCACUGAAGGAGUUGACUUCUUGCAGAGAACAUUCGUGGGGUUCGAUGGCUUUCUAGUCUUUCAGGAGGUCUAUCUGAGAUCAGGCGAUCCAAGAGUAUCUAACAUCGUGCGGUUCUCAGAUGCAGUGGGUGAGCUAAAAGUAGAGGUAUGCCCCUUUUUCAGUAUAAUCAGAUCCUCUCCUCUGGCCUCCAUCAGCAAGCAUUUAGAUAAAAAGGGAAAUCCCACCUCUCUCUCUCUCUCUCUCUCUCUCUCUCUCUCUCUAGAUAUAUAGAUAGAGCUAUCUUUUUGUUCUUAUUGCAGGCAGAAGCGACGAUCAAGGAUGGAGUGCGCAUCCUUUUCAGGUUUGACCGGGCAGCUUUUAGCUUCAAAGCUUUGCCAUUUAAGGUUCCAUACCCCGUUCCUUUUCGGCUUCUUGGAGAUGAAGCCAAGGGAUGGCUUGACACCACCUAUCUCUCUCAGACUGGGAACAUCCGCAUCUCUAGAGGAAACAAGGUGUUGAGAACCCCUCCUCGGUCCUGGUUCACUCCUCUGCGCACCAGUUUGACCAUCAUCGUUGCUUCAGUUUGAUGGGUUUGGGGUUAGAACGGUGGCGUUGACUUCAUCUCUCCCUCAUGUCCCAGGGCACCACGUUUGUGCUGCAGAAGAGGACGGAGCCCAGGCAGAGACUACUGUCGGCGAUUUCAACUGGUGACGGUGUAAAAGAGGUAAUAUCGAUAGCUGCUGAGAUGCUUUUCUUUCUUUCCACUUGCCCGUUGUAGCAUGUGGCGACUGUUCUUUGUGGAUAUUAGGCCAUGGAUGAGCUCAUCUCCCUCAGUAGCCGUAGAACAAGUGAAGAAGAGGAAGCACUGUUGGAAGGUGAAUGGCAGCUGCUUUGGGCUUCCCAGGUUCUUCCCUUUCCUGGCACUGAUCACCAUGUUUCCUUCCUCUCACUGGCUUUUUUUUUAAAAAAAAGUUGGGAGUAGGAAGCCAACGUAGUUGUAUCUGGAUUUGAGAUUGAUCUUCCUUUCAAUGACUAAUCUGGUUUGUGAUUUCACCUUGUAGAUGAUAGAGGAAAGUCUGCCAGAGGCUGCCGCCGCAGGUCUCAAAGGUCUUCAGGUGAGCCCUCCAAAUCCACCUCUAUUACUCCAUUCCGGGGGUUGACCAAUGUGGCCAGGUGCUGCCUACUGCUUUAUUUAGUCAUCAUGACGAGGGUUACCUCAUCUCAGAUCUUCAGGGGAAGUGGAAGAGUGGAGAAUUUGGUUGACAUCUUUCCCGGCUUCAAGCUCUGCACAUACGGCAGCCUUGUGUGAGUCUUCCUGAGGACUUGGAGCCAUAUCUGUUGGGUUCGGUGGGAAGAAUUAGAGAAUGGAAUUUUUGGGAAAAUAAUGGAGCUUCUAUCAGAGAGUGGUGACAGAAUCUUACACUUUUUUUUUCCUUUUUUAAUUGAAUCUCAGCAGAAAAUCUGACGACUCAUAUGAUAUCACGAUGAGUGAUGGGGCAAUCAUGGUUGGCUCCGUAAGAUUUCUCCUGGAUGUUAAAAGAAGCUACAGCAUGCAACUGCUGUAAGCAUUGCUCACCCCUACUCCGAAGCCAAUAAUGUGCAUUUAUUUUUAAUACUCUGAUUUAAUUCAUCAUUUACUUGUUUCAGAUAUAUCGACAAUAAGAUCAGAAUAACCCGGGGGUACAAAGAUACCAUCUUCAUCCAUGUAUGUGCCGAUAGACCCAACAGGAGAUGA